AGAGCAGGGUGGGGAGAGAGAGAAACGUGAGGAGGUGGAAGGCACAACGCGCCCACCCUCGCAGCUUCGAAUUCCGCUCCCCUCCCCGGCUCCUCCCCUCGGGCCUCGGCGCCGCAGCCCGCGCCGCGCGUUCACACCGGCGAACCCUAGGCCCCCCUAUACGGAGGGGAUGCAGACGGAGGCGCGCGUGGGCGUCGUCGUCGACGGCGGCGGCGGCCGCGCCGCCGUCGGCCGGCGCCAGGAGCAGCGCCACAUCGGCACGGUGGCGCACCUCGCCUCCGGAGGCUUCGCAGGCGCCGUCAGCAAGACGUGCACCGCCCCGCUCGCGCGGCUCACCAUCCUCUUCCAGGUGGCAGGUAUGCACGCAGAUGUUGCAGCUCUAAGGAAGUAUAGCAUAUGGCAUGAGGCUUCACGAAUUGUUCGAGAAGAAGGGUUCCGAGCCUUUUGGAAAGGAAAUCUAGUGACAAUUGUACAUCGCUUACCUUAUUCUGCCAUCAGCUUCUAUUCAUAUGACCGCUACAAAAAUCUUCUCCAAAUGGUCCCAGGCUUGGAUAGAGACUCAAACAAUGUUGGUGUUGUACGUUUGCUUGGUGGUGGGUUGGCGGGAAUAACAGCCGCAUCUGCAACUUACCCGUUGGAUGUUGUCCGUACUCGUUUGGCGACACAGAAAACAACUAGGUAUUACAAGGGCAUCUCACACGCGGUGUGUACAAUUUGUAGAGAUGAGGGUGUCAAAGGAUUGUACAAAGGCCUUGGGGCCACAUUACUGGGAGUUGGACCUAGUAUAGCAAUCAGCUUUUCUGUAUAUGAAUCACUGAGGUCUCAUUGGCAAAUGGAAAGGCCUCACGACUCUACCGUGGUUGUUAGCUUGUUUUCUGGAAGUCUAUCUGGCAUUGCAUCAUCGACAGCCACAUUUCCUCUUGAUCUUGUAAAACGGCGGAUGCAACUACAAGGAGCAGCUGGGACAGCUUCUGGCCAUAAAUUAACAAUUACUGGAACUGUUCGUGACAUUUUGCAGAAGGAAGGCCCUCGUGGCUUUUAUAGAGGGAUCGCCCCUGAGUACCUCAAAGUUGUUCCUAGUGUUGGCAUUGCCUUUAUGACAUACGAGACACUGAAGAGCUUGCUCUCCAGCAUGGACACGGAUAUUGAGAGCUGAGGUUUUCCAUUUUACAGAGAGGUUAAACUUCAGUGAGAUUUUAGCCAUAGGUUACUGUCAGAAACUAAGUGCAUCAGAGUGGUUACAUGGACGGCAGUGUGGCAGUUUUGUAGUUGUUGGUAGGAUAAAGCUUACCUGACACAUGUACAAAUAAACCGUCAGUCUUGUGUUGUACCAUAGGCUAAGAAGAGCAAAUGAGCACCUCAUCUUUUGCCUUCAUCGGCGCAUUGUGCUCCAGUUUUGUGUCAUGAAAUGUAAUGCCCUCGCAAGGAGAAAAAAGGCGAUGGUCAUGGUUUUACAGAUUCUAUUUUUCUUUUGCAGCAAAUGUGUCGAGUGAUCAAUGCAUCAACUUCGCUCUGAAUUUGUUUUGUA